GCAACGGGUUUGCCAUGUUUUUAUUCGCCUGUGAAGGAAUGCAGGACAUACACAGUUCAUACAGGCAAACCCCAUCCUCCAAUGGUCAGGAUAACCGGAUUUAUGAUGGAUCUAUAGUUUAUUACAAGCAACAACUGUUCAUUUUGUUAAGUGACUACAUCGCUCCAGUGAAGAUUCGCGCACAUGAGCUCACCGCCAAUAUAAAGCUGAAAGUGUUUCCAGUGUGGCAGGGGGGCGGGGUGGCCAGCAGGGCUGGAGCCUGGGGCCAGGGAUGGGGACAAGGCUGGGGUCGCUAUAUGCAAUGGGAACUGGGGCCAGGAGUUGGGGGCCAGGUCCCUGUUUUUGACUACCCCGUCUGGUGUGUCCUCUGCCAAGGAGGCAGGGCUCGACUUAGGGAGGCCUGCCGAAGAGGGAGAGGGGCCCUCCGAUUGCCCGCGGACAUGCUUAGCAUCAAACUACCCCAGCUGUUUGACAUCCACCAAGUUCCCAAAGUGUUCCGGGAGGAUGGCAUUAUCUCUGGCUACCGUCACCCCCAGAGCUCCGCCCUUGACUGCAUCCUCAGCAGCUUCCAGAUGACCAAUGAGACGGUCAACAUCUGGACCCACUUUCUGCCCACAUGGUACUUCCUGUGGCGCUUCUGUGUCCUGUGCUACACUCAGAAUUUCCUGUCAGAGAGCUACACGUGGCCACUGCUGGUGUAUAUGCUGCUGAUCUGCGUGUACCCCUUCACCUCCAGCUGCGCCCACACCUUCAGCACCAUGUCCCCGGCGGCACGCCACAUCUGCUACUUCUUCGACUACGGUGCCCUCAGCCUCUACAGCCUGGGUUGUGCCAUAACCUAUGGCUCCUAUGUGAUGCCUGACUGCUGGGUCAACAGCUGGUUACACCAACACUUUGUGCCCAUCGCUAUUUGCAACACCCUGUUCUGCACCAGCCUUUCCUGCUACUCCAGAUUUCUGGAGCUACAGUUCCCACAUCGAAGUAAAAUUCUCCGGACAGGGGCCUUCGUCUUUCCAUUCAUCUUUGACAACAUCCCUCUAUUUUACAGACUUCUCCUGUGCUGUGGCGGCAGCUGCUGUCAUAGUGAGGCCCUGUCCAGUCACUGUUACCACCUCCUCUUUGCCUUCCUAACCUGCUUCCUGUUUGCCUCACACCUCCCAGAAAGACUGGCCCCAGGGCGCUUCGACUACUUUGGUCACAGCCACCAGCUCUUCCACAUCUGUGCCGUGGUGGGUACCCACUUCCAGAUGGAGGCGGUGCUAGCAGAUAUGACCUCACGGAGGACGUGGCUCAUCACCCAGGCAGCCGUGCCCUCCUUCCUGGGCACUUUAGGUGCGCUGGCCCUUGGUGUCAUCCUCAACCUAGGCAUCAUUGGCACCUUCAGCGCCCCCCUGCUCUGGAACUCCCACCACAGUGCCAGCCACCCGCUGACGCCGCCCAGCAAACACAAACAACAGUGACGGCCCUCCCUGCAGCCCGUGACCACCCAGGACAAGGGUUGGUUAAAACCUUUCAAGCAGUUUCCUACUUUGGAAAUGAUAACAAUGAAGAGUUGUGAUAUAACUUUAAAGGAGUUCUAUUAUAACUGUUAAAACAAGGUAGUAUGUUUGUAUAACCCUAUUGAACCUUUAUCACAGGCGUUUUUUUUUUCUACAUUAUUUUUAUACUAAAGUUAACCUCAUCAUAAGUUUUAAUUAUGAGAUUAUUCAUUUGUUUGCGUUUUACAUGAAAGCUCAAGACCCAAUUAUGUUCUUAAAGCCUUUUAGUUAUUGAAUCCAAUUGGUUGCUAUUCAAAGUUACAUAGGUAUUUAAAGUCGAAGUAUAUGCAACAAUUUCUUUAUCUACACUUUAAAGACUGUGCUCUAUGAUGUCGAAGAGUACGUAUGUGCCUUUUUCUUAAAUAGUGAUUAAAAUGUUAUCCAUAGCGCUGUAUAUGUUAUCAUAGUUUUGUAUAUCAAAGAUGAUUUUUUUUUUUAUUAUUUGCAGGGAACUGUAAUAUUCAUAUUUUUGUAUUUAAUUAGUGUUAGCAUGUCCUGAUAUAAUUUGUAAGCCAUUAUUGGAACAUCUCAAAUACCAUAAUUUGUUCAGGGCUACAGAUCUGCAAUGCAGGGCUAUUCCAAUACAGCGAGGGGCCCAGGGCAUAGCAGUUGGGAAGGAUGGGUACCUCUCAGUGAAGCAGGUAAAAUGUACCCACCAAUAAUAAUUUCCAUCAUUAAUAACUGCACCAGGUAAAGUUAUUGUUUUUGGCAACAGAGAAAGUUCCUAAAUGUGAAUUUAUGCUUAAUUUGAGCAAUUGAAAGGAUUCUCCUGGUUAGUUUCUGGCUAGUAAGCUAUAAGAUUUUGUAACUUUUAGAUGUAUCAUGUUUUAUCUAACCAGCUGGCUUGCUAAUGCUGGAAAACUGAUGGUGAAUGUUUGGUGAAACUUUACCUGAAGCAUAGCGUCAUAACACCAUCAUAACAUGUCAUUAAAGCUGACAUAACUUGUCAUAACCUUUCAUAAUAUUAUCAUCACACAUUGUUAUGACACUUGUAUUUUCACCUAUAGUGAAAUAUAUUCAAUUGUUUUAUGCCUGGUUAGGAAACCUACAUAAGAGUGUGAAACCCCACAAAACACUCCACAGAAGGCAAACCAUUCUGGUAAACCAUACUUGUAAAUAGUAUAUUGAUGACAUAUAACAUUUCUUGAUGUUAGUCACUAUUUGAAUAUGGCCCAGUGUCUCACAAAUCCUUUAAGCCCAAAUGUGUGCUAAACUACCUAAAGCUUUAGUUAAAAAAUGUUGUAACAACUAGAAAAUACCAAGGUUAUAAUCUUAGAGAAGACAGGAAAAAAGGUAUCAAGACAUGUACUUGCAUGAAUGUUGCCAAACACACUAAACUUGUGUAGGAGACCAGUGUCUCAGAGUAUGUCAAAAUAACCAUGUCAACAUACAUCAGUUACUGAAUUACUAAGACAUCUGUUCUAUUGGAAAACAAGAAUUGGAGCUACGAAAAAGGUGUCUGCCCACCCAAUGGCUGUUUCAUCACAGAAAAGAUGGUGUCAUUACACCAGGGUUUACACUGUGCUUAACUCUGCAGUGAAAAAAUAUAUCCAUGGACUCAUCAUGGCUUUAUCAUAAAUAUCUAGGUUGCAACAUCAUAAUCUGCUAAAAGACACCCCUGCGGUGCGUCAGGAUGCACCUUUACAUAAAGUUGUCAGGCGGCUAUAGGACAUGGUAGAACAUGGUACUUGCAAAGACAACAUUCGUGGGUUCGAUUUCCAAGGGCGUCCAAUAUGAAAAUGUAUGCUACACUACAGUAAAUCACUCGAUAUUAGAAUGUCUGCUAAAUUAUUAAAAUGUGGAAAAAUGUUUUCAGGACCGUAGCCUUUACCAGAGGCGUCGCUUGGAUCACAAUACAUUCAGGGCUUAGCCAACACCCCCGCCACCCCGCCCCGCCCUGGACAGAAAGUACAGGGUUUUGAACGUACAUGCGGAAGAUUUUCCGCUAGCCGCCUACACGUCUACAAUGUCAUAAUGCCCGAUCGGAAUUAUAGAAGAUCAGGAGCUAUUUUUUCAAAUGAUUUUCUUUGGUCAAUUUAAGAUCCGGGGGCUUUACGAAUGUUUCAGGUAGUUGCUUUUCAAAGUGAUCGACAAAGUCUAAUUAGAUGAACAAUGUAGUGUUUGAAAUUGACAUGCUUACAGUUUAAGAAAUGGAGCAUUCAGAGUAAAGAUUACAAGUUUAUUUUUUUAAUAAAAAAUAUAUUAACAUUAACACACACUGCUAUUCAAUACUGUAUGAAUGGCCUUGGCCCAAAAGCUAAAUGCCCGUUCUCCCAAUAGUUAAACCAGAUCCUAUACCCCCAAAAUAUGCCUCCCAAAACCCAGAUUAUAAAUGUAUAGUUAUAUAUAUAACUGCAUCAAUUUCAACAAAAAAUUAUUAUUUUUGAAUAUUCAUGGUCAGUUCUACACAUCAUUUAAUAGUUAAUAGUUAAUGGUGCAUUUUGGCUAUGAGUGGGCAACAGCCAGCGGACCAAGGUUCACACCCUGCAGUUAUGCACCACCUAAGCCAAGAAAAGGGAAGUUUUACCUCUCUUCACAAGUGGCCUUAUUUUCUCUGUUUCUUUGCCUGCAGUUGAUCCACUAAACUGUAUAUAAUAAUCAUAUUUGUCUGUGCAUCUGUCUGUGCAAAAAAUAAUAUGUGAGAAACAUCAUGUAAAUUUCAUAUGUGAGAAAUAUCAAUUAAUUUGAAGCCAAAAAAGGAAGGAAAUGUACAUGAACAACACAUCGUUCUUCUGCCUUCCACCGUUUUUUCAGCUCACAACUUUAACCUACUAUAACUGGAGUUUGAAUAAGGCUCUUGAGGCUAGGUGAAAGCCGAGUGCUGGAAAACAAUGGUAAAGCACUGGUGGAUUUAAAAUGUAACAUCAUUUAUCAAUCCAUUACAUGAUUCUAAUGACUUAACAUUAUCUACACUCUCACUAACUGGCCAACUUUAUACAGUUUUCCAACAUUAUACAGUAUAUUUUAAUAAUCAAUACAACCUUAUUUGAAUCUGCAUUAAAUAUGCAGUUUCGAUUGCUUGACCCUAUUUUUCUAUUGAUUCCCCACUGCUAUGACUUGAAUAGAUUUACAGACCAGUCUAGUUCUCUCUCAGAUUGCCUGUUCCAAAACGUCGACCUAAAAGCUCCAGCACAGUACCAUGCCUAUGAUUAAAAGACAGGUGCCAUUUUACAGAGGUACGUUUCCAUGGAAACUCCAUCGUUCUCCACAGUAUGUGUUCCUGUGAAUACACCGUUUUUAUUGUUCUGACUCGAAUUUUGGGAGAACUGUUAUUUUUUCAUGUCUACCACAUAGUGUUUCUACCACAUACGGUCAUUAUACAUUUCUGUAUAAUGCUAGGUGCUGUCUAAAUGCCAGAGAAUGACUGAAAUUCUCUCUAAAACAUACCAUCAUUGUGCCAUUGACAGGACAUACCAAAUUAUUCUGUUUAUUUAAGCCAUGUGAUGGAAGACAUCUUAUAUGAUGCAAAACACAACUAAACGAAAGAUGUCUACCUCAUCUCCCAGAUUCUUGGCACUGUUGUAUUAUGUAUGUUAUAUUGUGAUGGUCAUUGCAGGUUCAUGGGUACCAAUAAACCACUUCUCCCUAAAAUGAUAUAACAUUGUUAGUAGCAAUUGUCUACAGAUAUUCGAGAAAUUGUGGUGUCUCAAGUGUUAAUCUACACUUACUGUUGAAGUAUUAUUCAAACGAAAUGCCUGUAAGCGUUGUGCCGUUACAUAAUUUUUUUAUUUAUUUCAGGACAAGUUAUUAAUACCAUCUCAAACACAAAUUGCGUACAUGUAGGAUACUAACCAUAAUACUGAUUCGGUGAUGGUAUCAUGUGUAAAGGCUAUGAGAGAUGAGGGAUUAGCAAGUGAUGUUAUGGUCAGUGAAGGAAAUGGAAUGUGUUGCAGGUUUAACCUUUCUUUUACAGAAGAGUACAGAACAUGGCUCACAUGUAGUAUAGAGGCACACACACACACACACACACACACAUUUUAUUCCAGCAGUUCUAUAAAUUUGCAUUGCAGUAUUUACUCAGUAUCUCUUUUCCCAAUGGUGAAAGUAAAUUACGGUAUGGUUUUGAGAACUCUGUUAGAGUUUGUUUAGAUGGGAUAGAUGAUGUUGACUGUGUAAACAUAGCUGGGCUGAUAGUAACAGACUUGAUAGAAUUCCAGCCCCAGUUUGAUUUUGACCACAGCCUUUAUCCUAAUAACAUACAUUUGAUAUGGUGCUUUCUUCAUCUUACUGCUUGGUUCUUGGAAGUGAUUGUGACUGUUCACAUUAAUGACUCCUGAAGAGGCUAGAAUUCAGCAAAGAGGAAGGAAGCAGUUUAAAGAAUGUUAAUGCCCAUCAUACAUUUCUACUAGAAACGUAACAUAGUUUGCGAGGGAAAACAUGUAAACAGUCUUUUGAUCUCUUUUGAGAUAAAUUAUUUGCAUGUUAUGUCUACUAAAAGGAUGUAACAAACAAUGCCUUAUUAUACUGUAUUACUGGAAUAAUGUCUCUAAUAAAGAUUACUUACACCCUU